UGUAUCUUUGUGACAAGCUUGUUACUUCUUAAAAAUCUCAGUUGAGAUGAAGUGCUUCCCCCACCUAAAUUGGCUGAAUUAGGCUAUUUGGAGGGAAACUUGGGCUGCCACCUUGCUUAGAAACAUGUCAAAAGAAACCUUUGUGUAUACCUCUUCCACUCUGCGCUCUCUUCGUUUGCAACGAGAAAUGCUGGAAUGGGAAGAUAAGCGGAGGGCAGCAUCUCAGCAACGUGCGAGUCGGAGGUACCAGUCAGCUGCCAGUAGCUCUCUCUUUCUCCCCAAAUCCUUCCGCCGUGCCCAGUAUUGCCGAGAUCCUGCGGUUCACAAUGCCCUCUACACGGGAGAUUUGCCAAGAGUUCAAAGUAUCUUUAAGGACGAAGCAACCGCCAACUUGAUUGUGGAGACAGUCAGCGAGGAGCUGGUGUGGUCAGCAGAGCUGGGGCUGUGGGUGUUGACCCCACAGAAGAAGCAUACUUCUCCAUUGAGUAUCACAGCUGCUAGGGGUUACCGGGACUGCGUGAAGCAUCUGCUGCUGCAAGGGGCUCAGGUGGAUGCCAUGGUUGGUGGGCGAGCAGCCCUUCAUGACAGCUGUGCCAACCAUCGGGCAGAGUGCACCCGUCUGCUCCUUGGCUAUGGUGCCAAUCCAAACAUGCUUUCAGAGGAAGGCCUAGCUCCACUGCAUUUGUGCACCACCCAGGAAUCUUUGCCGUGUGCUCAGCUGCUACUGGAGUAUGGGGCCCUAGUGAACCAGAGCACCAGAGACCAGCGUGCUUCUCCAUUGCACGUGGCUGCUAAGUAUGGCCUAGAUGACCAUGUGAAGCUCUAUCUCUGCUAUGGGGCUAACAUUGCUCACCGAAACCGAGAGGGGGAGACCGCCCUCAAUGCCAGUUGUGCUAGUGCAGACAGACCUGAGGAUGCUGGCCGCUACUACCGGGUAGUGAAACGUUUGUUGGAGGCUGGGGCUGACGUCCGUAUUGCUGGUCGGAAGAACCACACACCACUGCACAAUGCUUGCAGCAACUGCCAUACCCGUGUUGUGGAGCUGUUGCUGCAGCAUGGAGCGGAAGUCAAUGUGAGCAACUGCGCUGGCUACACACCUGUGGAUUGUGCCCUGCAAGCAGUGGAAGACUACCUGGAGGGGGAGCCUGAAAGAGUCAUAGCAACUCUGCUUGACCACGGGGCUGCUCCCGUCAAUCCCAAGAUGCUGAAGUUUUGUGCUUUGUCUCCUCGGGUUAUGGAAGUUGUUUUGAAUUCCUAUGACCGAAUCCUGUCCUGUGACUCCUGGGUGGGAGCUGUGCCCUCUGAAGUAUGGCAGAAGCACCAAGAGUUUUAUGAUUCAGUCCUCCAGUUGGUGAACCAGCCUCGCCCACUGCAACAUCUGACCCGUUGUGCAGUCCGGAAGCAGUUGGGAAGGCGAUGCCACCUAGGUAUUGCGGAGUUAAAGCUGCCCUCUUCUCUGCAAGACUACCUGUGUCUCCCUCUGAAGGGCUACCUCAAAUAAGAUGGGGAACAGGAAAGAGAUUGCUGCAACUGGAGAUUGGAUAAAUGAUGGGGUGGAAGGAGUUAUCUGAUCAGCACUGAAAAAAAUACGUUUCAAAAGAUGUUUGAAUAUACUUGUCUAUCAGAAGUAUGUGUAUUUUGCACUUUGAAUUAUUUUGUCCCAAGCUUUCAAAAUUUUAGAAGCAUUUAUUGUGUACUCUCAUGAGAUGCUACAACAGCAAACUGCACUGGUAAAGAAAUAAGAUCCUGCAUGGAUCACAUUCUCGCUUCAUGCAGAAAGCAUUGCUCACCUACUGCUGUGUUCCAUCCACCUGUCACUGCAAGACAAAGAAGCCACAGCUCAUUCAGACAGGAUGUGCUUUGCAGAAGAUGCUGGUUCUAUCUCCACUGAGCUUGGAUACGAUUUAUAAUGAUCAGAGUGAAGGACUUUAGAGCACGUUGACUAAAGAAACAGAAGUUGAAUUUCUUAAUUAACACAGGACUUUUAUUUUAUAGAUGUGUGCUUCUGUGUAAAAAAAAAAAAAAGUGAAAGAAUAGUGCUUCUUUCGGAAUAGCAAAUACUUGGCUCUCC